AUGUCCAUUAGUAAUACCCCUGAACCACAAGCUUUACCGGACGCUCAAGUACAAGAUGCUCUGUUUGUCACAUCUGGUAAGCAAAAUAAAAAGAAAGUAAAGUCGUCUACUUUGUCAGAAGAACAGAAGAAAGCCCACCACAUUGCCUCUGAGCAAAAACGACGCGAGAAUAUUCGAGCUGAAUUUGAUAAAAUAGUUGCACUUACGCCAAAUUUGAACCAACUGGAGAAUAGAUCCGAGUUGAACAUUCUAACCAAGAGCGCGGAUUUUAUUGACCAGUUGAAAGAGGAAAAUGUGAAAUUAAUCGAAUUGUGCAGGCAAAAGGGAAUCGAGGUACCAGAAGAGCUUAUUUAUAAAGGCCCACAGAACGAUGGAAGCGAUAUAGUCAAGUGA